AUGGAUACAAGUGGUUUGAUGAAGGAUCUGCAACAUAAAAAGAGCAUCGCAGUUUUGGUCUCUGGCGGUGAUUGCCAGGUCAUAAAUACCGUUCUGGCCACUUUUAUCAAGAAUCGCCAUCUGUACAAUUUAUUUCUUGUGUUAAACGGUUAUGAGGGACUGUACAGGGAUCAAAUAAUUUAUUUAGGUGCUGGUGAACAACUCAAUUCAAGUAAUGGCGGUCUUGAUGCCUGUUGCAGCACAGAUAAGCUGUUGAACGGCACAUCAGAUCAUACUCACCCUUGCGAUCUGACCGUCAGCGGUGUCCUUGGUCGCUUUUUUCCUUAUAGUCCUGGAUCUAUCAUAAGAACAUCGCGGUUUCCGCUUUUAAGGACAAGAACAGAACAAUGUCAGAAAAAUCUUGAAAAGCACCGCAUCGAUCGAUUGGUAGUACUCGGUGGCGACGGAAGCAUGAAAGGUGCACACCUGUUUGGCAGUGCAUACACGAUACCCUGUUCGAUUGAUAACGACACAUACUCAAUGUACUCGUUGGGAUGUCUCACGGCAGUUCAGCAGGUUCACGAAUAUAUCGAAUGCGUGGUGCCAUCCAACCUGGCUAUGGGCCGAAAUGCUGUGUAUGAGGUGAUGGGUAACAAAAAAGGAUUCAUAGCCAUUCUUAGCUAUUUCGCAUCAUACUGCGAUUAUCUCGUGCUCACUGAAAAGUGCAAUACAUUAUUUCCGAGAGAAGAUGAAAGGAUGAAUGCAAACAGCUUGCAAGACAAACAUGACCGUGAAGUGCCAAAAAAAUGCGAUAAAAAGAUAAUAUUUGCAGACUGCUCUGCCGACAGCCUGCUUUCCGACAUGGUACAGUGCAGGAAUGUAAGUGUGAUUGUGUCGGAAAAAAAUAAAAAAUACAAUUUAAGCAUGCUCAAUCACGAUAAUGUACGCCUGAUGAGCAUCGGUUUUAUACAGCGAGGAGGCGUUCCGACAUUCACCGAUAGGAAACUGGGCGUAAAAUGUGCCUAUGAGAUACUUAAAAGUCUCGAUAUUCAGGAGAACGGCGAUAUCUUUAUAAACGAUAAGAUGGGUGUUGAACUGGUGGAAAGAAACAAUAAAGAUAAAGAAGGAGAACGUGUUGUUCAGAACAAUAUAUUCGACAACAGCUUGACAAAAACGAUCUUGAAAUGCUCUGCUGGUUUAUCAAGUGGUUGUAUCAGCACAAAAAUAAUAAUAAUCAGAGAUACAUGCGCACUAGCAGCUAAGAAUAUAAAGGAGUUCAUCAAAUUUUACAAGUUGAAAGACACACUCACGGUUCUCACGAUAGGAAAAGACGAUUGUUUGGACCUGAUAACGCAAGAAACAGCAUGUUGUAACGAGAACGUGUCCAACAGCAGAACAUUGAGCUUUCUGUAUGCAUUGCCUCCUGGAAUUCGAAGCAAUAACCUGGUAGUGCUUGGUAAUCAGCGCGAUAUAUUUGACCUGAAGAAUACAAACAAUGUUGUUGUGCCCAUCGACAGAAUAAGGGGGAUUGACAAUUUUGUUUCCAAGGAGACCAUACUGAACAGCUUUCUUAUCACGAUAGAUAAUAUCAUAAAGAGAAAUGCGAGAAGAAACUACUUCCUAAGAACCAAGAAAUGGAUCAUUGAAGAGCUCAGAACGGUGUAUGAUUACUAUAUUCAACAUGACUGCUUACCGGUGCAGAUAUUUAUUCUCAAGAAAAAUGAUCUAUCGUUUUUGCAUGCUCAUCAAAAUAGAUGUAAUAUCAUUCUGAGCACUAAAAAGGUAAAUCAUGUUGGAAAAACUAUCAUAAAGAUUAGUGCACCUGUAAUCACGAAUGAAAGCGUUGUGGAUAAAAUAUACCUACGCAUGAGCCUCUUAGUGGCUAUGGAAGAGAAUGGCGGUGUGGUGGUUGUCAAAGAUAACGAAGUCAAGUUCAUGAAAUGGAAGGCCAUCAACAUAUAAGUGGGUUGGUGUAUCUUUUUUUUGUUUGAAAGGUGUUAACUAUAAACGUAUAUAUUCCCACGAUUCUCCAAUCUGUAUGGUGG